ACUACUAUAGCCGAGCAAUUAGAAAGAACUGUUAUCUUGUGAAUUGUAAGCUGUGAGCCAAGAGGAGACCAUCUCGUAUUACCUCUAGUGCUGGGAAGUGGGAUCUCUCGGGUCCCAGAUGAUGCAUCCUGAGAAACCCGGAUCGGGUUGGGCUUGAACUUAACACGAGUCGACCCGGAUCGAAACACUCUACGCCCUCCAGCGGUUAGGUUUUUCAGUGUUCAACUUCAACUCCUGAAAAACCAUUCUUCAUUCGUAGCAGUGUCGAGGGACUCGAGAGCGGUUGAGACUUGAGAGAGAGGAAGAGCUGACGACAGGUCACCGCUGCAACGUGCAUACUGCGACUCAGACAAUGAUAACAUCUGAGGAACCCACAACAUCUGCACAAUUGACUCAAGCAACCAGGAUUAUCUGCCGUGUAUGCCAAAAGCAAUUUUCACAGUACACUUGCCCUCGGUGCAAUUCCCGGUAUUGUUCACUUCAAUGUUACAAGGCUCAUAGUCUCCGUUGCACAGAAUCAUUCAUGCGAGAAAAUGUUGUGGAGGAGUUCCGACAACUGCAACCAAAUGAUGAAACAAAAAGAAAAAUGUUGGACAUACUCAAACGACUUCACACAGAAGAGGAGAUGGAUGACAUGGAUGAAGACGGUGUGUUUCCUGAACUGCAAUUUCUUUUAGAUCAAACCUUUGCCUCUUGUUGGAAGGGGUAGAUAAAACUUGAAACAACUGUUACUCUUUCAUUUCUUGAACCAGUUUGUCUUUACGUUCUCAUUCAUUUUUGGAUGUGUAACAUGAAGCUUUCUUAGAGAGAGGACACUGAACAAUAAGCAAGAACAGAGGAGAUACAGCCUAAGAGCAAAUGCAAGGAUAAAAAACCACUAAAGACGCCACCUCCCCACUCCCUCACCAAAAAAAAAAAA